AUGACGGACUAUGUGCGCGCCGCAUCAGUCUUUGUCAAUCUGGGUAAACUCUUUAGUACUACGCGUCUUACCAAGAACCGACCAACUAGCUGGGCGUAUUUCGAUGAUGGUUCUAUAUUCAUCGUGCCGUACACAUACCUGGAUCAUGACGCCUUUGAGCUGCGCAUGAAAGUAAUUGCGCCUUUUAUAUCUGCACCCACUCUUCGGAUGCAAGCAAACCGCCAGAGUGAUGCACUUAAGAAACGCCUUGUUGUGAUCAACAAUGACCGAAGCACUUCUCUAGGGCCCGUGCUGCGUCUUGUUGCUCGAAAGGUACAUAAUGGUGAGCAUAUCACGACUGCUGAGAUCCCGUUUGAGCAUAUCACGGUUUCAUUUGACGAGACUACUCAUGAGUACAUCCACAGCACAAUCACGGGUGGCUCUAACUUAACCCUUAAACAAAACUCUGCAGUCGAAAAAGCGCUACGAACUUUCCGUGGCACAUAUGUGGAUGGCACAUUGCAGCCAAAUGUUCGGUUAGGUAAUGGCCUUGAAUUACUGGACAUGCCCGCCGCAAUGGAAGCGCGCUCAGUCAAACAGGCCAACGAGAAGAGAGCUAUGUUGCAGAGCUCUUCAAAGCCAGCGGUAUUCCAGCACCAGUCCGCGUCUAGGGAACUAGAGCUAAAGGAGGCCUUGCUCGAAGCCCGAGCACGUGAACUGAACGCAAGAGAAGAGGGACUGCUGUGGAAGCAAAAGGCAUUCGAAUUGCAGCAGAUGAUGCAAAACAAGGAGAAUGGGGGCGCCGGCCCUGACGCUCAAAAGUAUAAACUGCCCCGAAAACACGAUGCCAUGAUUCGACGGGGGCCUGGAAACGCGCCUGCAGAUAGAACACCGACAAGUGCAGCAUCGCGGUCCACGAACACAGAUGAUCGCUUCGGUUCCGGUUCACCAAACGACAUGACUGCAAGCUAUUCGCCAAGUACAGCAUCCCAGCUCAACAAUCCUGUCGCCUACUCACCAGCGCUUGCAACACGUCAGGCUUCUGCACAGUUCGUUGCCGAAUCGACCCAUAACUACAUCCCAGCCAACAGAACACAAAACGUUAUAUCGAGCUCCGACUCACGAGGGCCCCAAUUCGACAGCUUCCCCUCCUCCGACCUCGACACCACACCUAGCACCUACUCACCAACACCUACUUCACGUCAGGCUUCUGCCCAGUCUCCUGCCGAAACUACCGAUGAUUCGGCCUCCUCCAACGAGCCGCAAAACCUUAAUCCAGACCCCAGCCCCAGAAGACCUCUAUCUGGCAUGUUCCCUUCGUUUAACUUCGACACCUCACCGCCAGCCGAACUCGUAAAUCUCCGAGCACGUCGACGCAAACCCACGUGA